AUGUCACAAAGUUUUAAUCCGUCCCCAGCUUCCCAGCAGGUUGUUGAAGAUACUGGUAAUGGACAGAACUUGGGAAAACAUUCAAGAGAAAACCUUUACGAAAUGGUUGGUGUAUUAACUGUGAGAAUAUCACUUUAUGAUGUAUUUGAAAAAUUAAUAAUUUUAAUUCACAUUUUUAACAGGGUAAACAGCAAAUUGGCUAUUAAGGACAUAGAUUCAAUUAGCGAUUUGAAUCGUGCAAUGUCUGAUGGAGUUCGGUUAAUUCAACUUUUGGAAAUUAUUGGAGAUACUUCCUUAGGAAAAUAUAACAAAAAUCCAAAAAUGCGUAUUCAAAGAGUCGAGAAUGUGAAUAAAUCAUUAGAAUUUAUCAAACAUAGAGGUGUUGCUCUUACAAACAUUGGAGCUGAAGAUAUUGUUGAUACUAAUCUUAAACUUAUUCUUGGUAUGAUCUGGACUAUAAUUUUGAGAUUCACGAUUGCCGAUAUUAGGUUCGUGAAAUUACAAGGCGAUUUCCUUUACACGUUUAUAUGUAUAAUAUUAUUUGAUAAUUUCUUUGAUGAUAAACUUAGUGAAGAGGGUCUUACAGCUAAGGAGGGUCUUUUACUUUGGUGUCAAAGAAAGACGGCUCCUUAUUCCGAGGUUAAUGUGCGUGAUUUUACUUAUAGUUGGCAGGAUGGGUUGGCAUUCUGUGCUUUAAUACAUCGACAUCGUCCUGAUUUAUUAGAUUAUGACGCGUUAGACAAGUUGGACCGUCAUACAAAUACUGCUUUAGCAUUUGAUAUAGCGGCAAUGCAUCUUGACAUACCGAAAUUGUUAGAUGUAGAAGAUGUUUGUGACAUUCAAAAACCUGAUGAACGAUCAAUUAUGACCUACGUUGCUUCAUACUUUCAUGCAUUUUCACAUUUAGAUAAAGUGGAAAUUGCUGGGAGAAGAGUAGCAAAAUUUGCAGAGGUUAUGCAAUCCGUUUGGGAUAUGGAACAUGAUUAUGAACGACGCGUCAAACAGUUAAUGCAAAAAGUUAACGAUAGGAAAACCAUUUGGGCUAAUUCGCGUUUUGAUGGAAGUUAUACCGAUGCUAAACGUCAAUCUGCCGAAUUUAAUAGAUAUAAAAAUUCCGAAAAACGUGAAUGGGUAGCAGAAAAAAGUGAUUUAGAUACAUUACUUGGAAAUAUUCAGACCAAACUUAAAACAUAUGUAUUACAACCUUAUCAUCCUCCUGCAGGAUUAACUUUAUUCGAUUUAGAUAAAGUAUGGCAAAGUUUAUUAAGUGCCGAAGCCCAAAGAUACAAAUCUAUUAAUGAUAAAAUCAGAGACAUUAAGGAGAAUCUUCGUAAAUCAUUUGCUCAAUCAGCAAAUAGUUUUCAGAAAAGUCUGGAUUCUAUAUUGCAAGUAUUGUCGAAAUUAGACGGAGAAUUAGACGUACAACUUGAAAAUGUGAAAAAACUUUCUGCUAACUUAGGACCCUUGGAAAAUUCUCUCUCACGUAUUGAAGAAAUUGAUGCACAAUGUCAUGAAGCUAAUAUUGAAGAAAAUGAUUAUUCCGUAUUUUCAGUAGAUGAUUUAAAAUUCGAAUUGGAACUUGUAAAACAAUCUGUUAAUAAGAAAUCCGCAUUCAUUGAAAAUCAGAUCGUGUCAAGGAGUAUGACAAAUUUAACGCCGGCACAGUUGGAAGAAUUUGAAAGUACUUUCCGUCAUUUUGACAAGGAUGGUUCAAAUACAUUAAAUGCUUAUGAAUUUAAAGCAGCUUUGGCUAGUUUAGGUCUCCUUUAUGAUGAUGAUGAAUUGUAUGCCACGUUUAACCAAACAUGUGAAGGACAAUCUGAAGCUACCUUCGAACAGUUUAUUAUUUUUAUGAUUAAUGUAACAGAAGAUAAAACAUCACCGGAUCAACUUCGACAAUCAUUUAAAGUUGUUGCUGGAGAUAAGCCAUAUGUUACUGAAUUAGACUUAAAAAGAUCUUUAUUACCAGGGAAUGUUGUAUCAUACUUAAAAGAAACCAUGCCACUCAGUUUAGGCGUUACUGAUGGAUAUGAUUAUUCCAAAUACUUAGAUCAAGUUUUUAAUGGUUAA